AUGGAGACAUCACACACGAUUCCCGAUACCCACGAGUGUGAUAAGUAUUUGACAGUGAAUCACACCCUUAGUCCCAAGCUUGCGGAAGAGUUCCCUGCGGAGGGAAUGACGCCCGUUUCAGACCGCCUGGUAAGAUUGGCUUUCUUAUCGAAAAAUGCGCGCUUGUCAGAAGAACAAAAUAUUAUUCUGAGCAGCUGCCUUGACAGCAUUGAAUCCAUUUUCGAUCCACGCCCAGGACUGACCCAAGAAAUUGCCCAAUGCCGUCCCAAAAGUGUCUGCACGGAAUGCGCGAAAGUCGUUACUCCUGGCGUUCCAAGCACUCGUCACGAUAAUAACGACGUUGGAAUCUCCAGCACCAAAAAGGCAUAUAUCAAGGAGCUGACAAGCGUCCUCAAUGAAACCACCGAACUCAGUGAAGAGUUCAAGAAACGCAGAAAAGAGUCGCUGCAAAUUUAUGGUCUUUGUAACCGGGAAAUUCGAAGAAUGACACGGAGCAUAUCUGUACUGGAACACGACGUGCAUGAAUUGCAGAAGGAACUCUGGGAAGAGACGGCGGAGCGUGAAGGGCUUCAAGGUCGCAUAAAUCUGGGCGAAGGCAAUGGCCACGACGUAAGAUGGAAAAAUGCAACGAGGAAACCAUCGGGGCGCUUCUUGAGGGUAUACGCGCUUGGACCCGUGGAUGGAGAGAUGUCGAAGAAGCAUAUCGCAUACGAGAAAGAGAGCGCAGGCUGA